CAUCCACACACGUGCAGCUGUAAAGAGGUGGUGUGUAUAAAGUCACACUUUUCUGCCAUUCUGGGGUCACUUGUCACCGGUGUCGGCUUUGGCACGUACCUGCAGGAGCUGCGUGGAACAUUGACACCAACCCCAGUGCAGAGUGUCAGUCAAAGGAGCCAAUGACGGACCAGAAGCAGGAGGCCUACUGGCAGGAAACGGGCCGAUGGGGGGGCUACGAGGAGAGCUUCGACCCUCAGUCCGGGGCGUGGGCGUCCCCGCACAUCUCCUACCUCACCUUCAAGAGCCUCAUCCAGCUCCGACGCACCAUGAACACGGGCGUGACGAUCUUCGACUGCGAAGAGCGGACCCUGGCCACCAUCGCCGAGAAGAUGGUGAACGAAAUGGUUAACAAGAAGGAGAUCAGGCCUGGAGACCGGGACGGAGUGCUGAAGGCUCUGCUUCAAAACCGCAGCCAAUCAGGCGACCCAGAAAGCCAGGCGCUGACUCAUGGGUUGGACCUGCACAGGUUCUCAGUCAAGGAGAGGAAGGAUGAAUCUGACCGUGAUGAGGCCUCUUUGGUGCUAAUAGGAGCCUUGGACUUUCUGGAGAAGCCCAGCGUCGCUUUUGUGCGCCUGAAGGAGGCGCUGGUGCUCGACUCGUCCUUUGAGACCCCGGCACCCGUACGCUUCAUCUUUGUUCUGGUCGGCCCAAACAAGACGGACAUGGACUACCACGAGACCGGCCGUGCUAUGGCAGCACUAAUGGCUGACAAAGUGUUCAAUCAAGCGGCGUUGAAGGCAAAGAGCGCCCGGGAGCUGACGGACACCGUGGCCGACUUCAUGGACUGCAGCAUCGUCAUCCCACCCACCGAGAUCCAGAACGAAGCGACUCUCAGCUCCAUCAUCAGCUUUCAGAAGAAGCUACUUCAGGGCCGACUCCAGGCCUCCAAGCCCAUUGUCCCUCUGGACUCCAAACCUCGCAGGGUUUCAAUCGCUAGCGGGUCUUCUCCUUCAGAAGACCCGCUGUCUCGUACGGGUCGCCCAUUUGGCGGGAUGAUUCGGGACAUAAAGAGACGCUACCAGUACUACAAGAGUGACAUCACAGAUGCUCUCAACUCCCAGGUCCUGGCUGCCAUCAUUUUCAUCUAUUUUGCCGCCCUGUCUCCAGCCAUCACCUUUGGAGGGCUACUGGCUGAUAAGGUGGACAAUAUGAUGGGCGUUUCAGAGCUCCUCAUCUCCACCAGCAUCCAGGGGAUCAUCUUCUGUUUCGUUGCCGCUCAGCCCGUCCUGGUCAUCGGGUUCUCUGGUCCUCUGUUGGUGUUUGAGGAGGCCUUCUUCGCUUUCUGCAAGUCCCAGGACAUUGAGUACAUUGUAGGGAGAGUGUGGGUCGGAGUGUGGCUGGUCAUCAUCGUGGUCGUCAUUGUGGCCUUUGAGGGCAGCUUCCUGGUGCAAUUCAUCUCGCGCUUCACCCAGGAAAUCUUCUCCAUCCUCAUCUCCCUCAUCUUCAUCUAUGAAACCUUUGCCAAGCUGGCGAGGAUCUUUAAAGCACAUCCACUGACUCUGAAUUACAUUCAUCUGAAUUCAACUUUGGAAAACCCCUGGCACCCACAGAUGGAAGAGACCGUCAUCUUUGACAAUGCCACCGGCAACACAACUGUGCUCAUCCAAACUAUUAAGCCGCCUUACCCGAACACAGCCCUGCUCUCCAUGUGCCUCAUGUUGGGGUGUUUCUUUAUUGCUUUUUUCCUGCGGCAGUUUAAAAAUGGGACAUUUCUUCCUGGAAAGGUGAGACGUUUGAUUGGCGACUUUGGAGUCCCUAUCGCCAUUUUCCUCAUGAUUGUCGUGGACUACAACAUCGAGGAUACCUACACUCAGAAACUGGUGGUUCCCAAAGGUCUCAUGGUGUCUAAUCCAGCCAAAAGAGGGUGGCUCAUCAAUCCCUUCGGAGAGCACAAGUCGUUCCCUGUGUGGGUGAUGUUUGCGUGCUGUGUCCCGGCCUUGCUCGUCUUCAUCCUCAUCUUUCUGGAGUCUCAGAUCACAACUUUGAUUGUGAGUAAACCUGAGAGGAAGAUGGUCAAGGGCUCCGGGUUCCACUUUGACUUGCUGGUUUUAGUUGGCAUGGGAGGGCUCAGUGCGAUAUUUGGCGUGCCGUGGCUCAGCGCCGCCACGGUGCGGUCUGUCACCCACGCCAAUGCCCUCACUGUCAUGAGCAAAGGACCAAAGCCUGUGAUAGAGAAAGUGAUGGAGCAGAGGAUCAGUGGCAUUCUGGUGGCUUUGCUGGUCGGUUUGUCCAUUCUGAUGGAGCCAAUCCUGAAGAUGAUCCCCAUGUCGGCCUUGUUUGGGAUCUUCCUCUACAUGGGAGUCACGUCGUUGAAUGGCAUCCAGCUGUGGGAUCGUAUCCUCCUUCUGUUUAUCCCGAAGAAAUACCACCCUGAUGAGCCCUACGCCACCAGAGUUAGCACGGGGCGAAUGCACUUGUUCACGGCCAUCCAGGUAGUGUGCCUUGCACUGCUCUGGAUCGUGAAGUCCAGUCCAGUAUCCCUCGCACUUCCCUUCAUACUCAUCCUCACCAUCCCUCUACGCAUGUUAAUGACGGGGCAUCUCUUCACCGAAAUGGAAAUGAAAUGUUUGGAUGCUGAUGAUGCCAAAGUGACGUUCGAGGAGGAGCCGGGGCAGGAUGUAUACUGUGAAACUCAAAUGCCAUUGUAGAUGUCUUCCAUGUCUGCUGCCAGAAAUCAUUUAUUCUAACAAAAAGAUAUUUAUUUUAUUUAUAGUUCAAACUAUAUAGUGUCCACAAUCUAUGAGCAAAGACUUUUUUUUAAAUUGAAAAAAUGCAGCUAUAGAUUGUACCUGGAUAGUGUCAGUAUGGAUGACAAUGAUAUAUUUCUGAGAAACUGUCAAACGUCACUCAGGUGAAAUAUUUGCAUUGCACGUGGUUUUGUUUUUAAGUGCAUUAUACGCCACUGAGGCUGGAUAUUGUAUGAUAUUGAAAUAUUUUACAAAAAAUUGAUACAUUUCACAUAAUUUAAGUCAUGCAAGCACAAAGAUUGGUGGAAAGUCUUGCAAUGUUGAAGCCAGAAUUGUGUGUUUUCCCAUGCAAUCGCACAUUGAAUGUAAUGUUGCACAAAGUGGCACCACUUAAGUUAUUGUUGCAUUCACCUGUUUGAUGUGGAUAAAACCCAAACUCUGAAUGCAUCACAAGCUAAUUAUGGAAGUGUUUGUAUUUCAUCAACACUAAAUGACAACACCACUGUAUGACAACUCGAGGAGAGAGAACUGUGGAAUGAAAAGUGUGUUGAUGUAAAGUGUGUGUUUUUUUUUUCUUGCCAUCGCUGUAUAAAUGAAAAAAUAAAAACUACCUCUAA